AUGUCGAGCAACGAGAACAGCCGGAGGAGCAACGUGGUACUUAAGAAAAAUGCAAGAGUUCCAUGCAACUGUGGAUGGGAAGUGAGAUUCGGUUACGGUGUCGCGGUUACUCUAGCUAUCUUCGAGGCAAAACGUUUCUUCAUGCUGAUCCUGGAAAUAUUCGCCGAAUGGCAGAUCAUUCGAUUCGCAGGUGGCCUGCGACCGGUCAUAUUUACCCUGGUGAACGUCAGCUUGGGUCUGCCUACUGCUCUGAUAACUGUUCGCUGUAUACGUACACGAAAAGUGCCACGUUGCUGCGCGAAAACACGACGGACACUGAAAUGCCUACUGAUAGUGAUUGCGAUCUGCGUUAUAAUGAACGCAGCAACCCUAGUUUCUAUAGGGUACCAUAUAAGCGUCAGGCAGGAAAGGUUAAUCGAGAUUUUCAACAGUUCGAUGCACUUGUACGUGAGUGCAGCUUCUUACAAGUACUCGAUCGACGAGAUACAGUUCAUCUUUCAGUGCUGCGGCCAUUCCUCCUACACAGAUUGGUUUCUCUUUGACUGGCAGGGAGUAGACUACGCCUCACGGGAAGAGAUGGCAAUCCACAAUCCGAUAUCUGACGAACAGUACAGAGAUCGGAGUGUCCCGUUCAGUUGCUGCAAUUUACGUGCAAUGACACCAUGCGAGCACACGGAAAUCUUGGAAACAGAAGUGAAAACCAUAAAUACCAACGGCUGCGCCGAGAUCGUUAGCCCUGUUCUUCUUAGAAUCGUCAUCGUGGCCUACGUCAUGACCAGCACAUUAGUGAUCAUCCAGAUCUUUUUAGCCUUUUUAAUUACAAAGAAUAUACGGAAGCUUUUAUGCGGAACGUGUCACACGUAUCAUUGCCCGACGACCUUUGUUAACGAGUCCACCAGCGCAUCUUUGGACGCCACAAGUUCAGAAACGGAGAAACGGGACUCCAGCUCAUCCACCACGAACUGGAAAUCGCGGACCACGAAGACCUCGAAGAAACGCGAUAAACGUAAACGAGGCGAUAAACAAGUGUCAUCGACGAAAAAUGUUAGCUCUAAAAGUAAAGGCAGCUUGAAAGACGACACGAAUUCUUCUUCAUCGCUAUUCGACUCAUCGCCUAGGAACAGACGUUCCAGUCGUAUAGAUACGAUCCUUGAUGUGGCUAGGAUCAGACCGAGCGUCCACGAGGAGCACAUGAUAUCCAAGAAGCGAUUAUACGAUGAUGGAACGCAUUGA